AUGAACAUCCGUUGCGCGAAACCCGAGGACCUGAUGACCAUGCAGCACUGCAACCUGCUGUGCCUGCCCGAGAACUACCAGAUGAAGUACUACUUCUACCACGGCCUCACGUGGCCGCAGCUCAGCUACGUGGCCGAGGACGACAAGGGCAGCAUCGUGGGCUACGUUCUGGCCAAGAUGGAGGAGCCGGAGCCAAACGAGGAGAGCCGCCACGGCCACAUCACCUCGCUGGCGGUGAAGCGCUCCUACCGCCGCCUCGGCCUAGCCCAGAAGCUGAUGAACCAGGCCUCGCAGGCCAUGGUCGAGUGCUUCAACGCGCAGUAUGUGUCGCUCCAUGUGCGUAAGAGCAACCGGGCUGCCCUCAACCUCUAUGCCAACUCGCUCAAGUUCAAGAUCAUCGAGGUGGAGCCCAAGUACUAUGCGGACGGCGAGGAUGCCUAUGCCAUGCGGCGCGACCUCAGUGAAUUUGCCGACGAGGACCAGGUCAAGUCGAAGCAGGCGGGCGACGAGGAGACGUCUGGCGGGGAUACUAAGGUCUCGCACAGAUCCAGCGGACACGGACACUCCCACAACCACAGCGGUCACGACGGCCAUUGUUGCUGAACCAUAAAUGCUGAGGUGCGCAUGUUUCGACGUUUUUUGCAUUUUUGUGCAUUAGGUUUUUGUAAUUAAUUAACAGAUAAAGCGUAACUAAAAUUAAAAAGAAGUAAUGACGA